UGUCUACAGUGCGUUCAAGGAGGUUAGAACUCGAACGGAAAGCGGGGCAGGCGUCCCUAGCUGAAAAAGGUUUACCAUCCGGAGUGUGUGGACAUUGCUGUGAUAAUUUAGCUUUUCUACAUUUUUGUUCAAACUUCGUCUUUACCCAAAGAGUCUCAGACAUCUCAUCCUUUUUGUAUUAAAUAGUCAUCGUGCCACAUUCGAAGUUCUUCGAGGACGACGCCAUAUUUAAAAUCUCGGCUAGUCAGUAGUAGCAGCUUGUUUUUGUGUGUGUGAGAGAUCGAAAUAAAAACAGAACGCAAUCUGGAGUGAUACGAGUGAUUGCUUCUUUGAUAUAUAAUUUCGAACAACAACGUACGAAAUAAACAUUACGUCGACGGCAUGGAGAUCGAAAGCGCAUCGACGUUCUUAGCGAACCUUUUAAGGUUAGAAAAUCGACAUGUGAAAAUUGCAAGGGUGGAAAUGUUCCGACGCACCUUAGAGGAACUUCUCAGGCACCAUUACCAACACCAUUGGUUCCCCGAAAAACCUUGCAAAGGUUCCGGAUACCGUUGUUUGCGGAUCAAUCACAAAAUGGACCCUUUAAUCGCAAAAGCUGGUGACGUGUGCGGAUUUAACGAAGCAGAUUUGAGGAAGCUGUUGCCCAAUGAGCUGACCAUGUGGAUAGAUCCCCAAGAAGUGUCCUACAGGAUUGGCGAAAACGGCAGCAUUUGUGUUCUCUACGAUGGUACCAAGAAUCAGUUUUCAGCCGAUGUAAACAGGUACCAAUACCACCAUCCUAGUACCAACCAUAGCUCGUAUUCUCCCAUUUCCGACAGCAGGUAUCCUGGUUGUAAAGAGAGUGCCCGCGGUAAUCACCACUGGGAUAGUUUUGUUUCGGAUUCUAGAAAUCGAGGAAUGGAACAGUUUGCCGCCUACGUUUCCAGCUAAAGAAUCUUUUUUUUAUGGGAAACAGCAGCAGUAAAACCAGGAAAAAAGGGUUUUAAUGUCCACGUCUCCAGCCAAAAUACAACGCGUCUUGGUGACGCUUCUAGCAAUGUGAUCUUAUUUUUUUUCCUUUUUCUUUUUGGAGUAUUUAAAAAAUGGAUUUAAAAGAGGUAAACAUGUUAUGUUCUCAUGUAUUAUAUACCUUAAAAUUUUUAAUAUCAAAGCAAUCAUUGUUGUAAGUAGAAUUCAUUUUAUGUAUUGCAAUGAUAUUUUUAUGGGGAAUUUUUUUGCGGGACCAUCGGUUAUAACGAAAAAAUAUUCCAACGCCGUUGGCUUUCCGUCGAAUAAGUUGCCCAGCAUUAUCAACAUCAGACUGCCAACUAGAUGUCAACCUGGAAUGAACUAGAAAAGUUGACUUUUUUCCACCGUCCGAAUUUAUUUUUGAAAAAAGAUUUUUUUUUUUUUUUCUUUUUGGACUUCUCUCUCUCUUUUUUUUUUUUUUUUUUUUUUUUUUUUAAACUACAGUAGUGAGAAUGGCGUGAACGAACUGUUGAAACCACUGUGAUCAUAAAAUGCCCACCUAAAUGCAAGCUCUCUCCCUGUUAAGAGUUGAGCUUACAAGAUUACAAGACAGGCCAUUUUAGUUUUCUUAAAUCUCUUUACUCUAAUCUGCACUCUGCUUUUCUAUUUUGUAUGUUGAUAAAAAUUGCUAAAGAAAUGUUUUUGUAGCACCAUUUUAAAAGCUUUGUUACGAAUUAAGUAUACUUGUGCAUUUAAUAACUAGCUAGGAAUCUUGUUGCAAUUCUAGAUUUUUCUCUGGCAUAAAUUCUUUCUGAAAUGCAUAUUGUUUGUUUUACUUUCCCUUGCUGUAAUUCUAAAUGUAAUUCAUCUCAUUCUAAUGAUUAAUUGUUGAUUCUAGUAAAAUUUUUAAGAAUCCUAUUUAUUUUAAUAGCCAGGCAGAUAAUAUAUUAUAUCUAAAUGCUUUUUUUUUUUAAAUGUUUUCAAAGUAUUUAUUCUUUUUUAAUUUUAAUCAUGGUUUUUCUCAGCUGAUAGAUAUGUUUGUUACUUAUUUUAUGAGUGUUUUAUAAUUACUGUGGUGCAAAAGAAACUUUCUUAUGCUUGAUUAUAUUAACUAUUUACUAUCAAGUUCCAUAUGUAUAUAAUCUUAUUCAUAAAUGACAAUCGAUGUGCCACUUCACAUAUCCCUUGGACAAAAAAAAUUUUUUGACAAAGUCCUAUUUUUAAAGGCAUUGUAACAUAUUUAAUUGUUGAGUAUUUACAGUACAAUUUUAAAUAUAUAUGUAAAAAAUCUGGGGGAUAGCAUUUUUACGAUGUCAUUUGUAAAUGAGAAGUAUACUGCAAUCUGUAUUUUUGCCAGGUAGCAAGAAAUUAUCUGUCUGUAUGUUUUCUAGACUAUGUUAAUUCUAAUUUCUUUGCCAUUAACUACUACUGUAGGGUAGACUAUGUUAAUUCUAAUUUCUUUGCCAUUAACUACUACUGUAGGGUUACUGUUCUUUUCUUUCUGGGUUUCCAUAAAGCUGGCUGUCAUCUGUACAAGUCAUCCUGUACAAAUAUUUGUAAAAAGUUAUUUUAUGUCUGUACAGUGAUGUUAUAUAGAAGUUUUGUACAGUGACUUAAUAAAAAGUAAAUGCAGCAUUAA